UUUGUGUUCAAAACAAACAUGGAAGAAUUUUAAUGUCUAAACAAGUAAACAAAUAACCCAUAGAUCUCUGAAAAUAUAUCAACCGUCAUAAUGUGUGAGGCCGUAACAGUGAUUUUAAACGAUAUUUUAAAAGUUGAAGGCAUUGAAGAAGCUUUUAGUUGCUUUCUAGUUCAUAGAAUAGCGAAUGAAACCGAGAAAGUUUCAUUAUGGCAACAAGAACUUAAUACAGCCUUUAGAGGAGCAAAUCCAGAACAACUAGAUGGGGCAAUAAGACAGUAUUUAGGCAUUGCCUAUGGCUGCUCUCAUAAUCACUUACAAUUGCUCAUGGAACUUCUGGAAACCUGUGUUAAAAGUGGUACUUUGCCAUCUAGAAAAGUUUGUGAAAUUAUUAUUGCUAGCGAACUUUUACAACAUAAUAAUUCCUAUUUUUGGGUCGAAUGUUUUAAACUCAUUAAAAAAAUUAUUGAUUUGGUGGAAUAUAAGGGCGUACGAGAAAUUAUGAAGGGUUGCUGUGAAAAAGCCAAAACUUUACCUUGGCGUUUAAAUUCUGGCCUUCAACCACAAACUCAAGCCCUCAUGGAUGUAGCUCAGAAGAUAAUGGAUAGAGAUGCUUGUCUCCUGCCGGGCUAUUUACUUGUGAAUGAGCUUCAGAAAGCCUAUCCAGAUUGUCCACAUUGGAGGCUAUCAGCUUUGUUUUCAGACUACGUUGAAAGUUUUAGAGCCUGCGCACAGAUGGUUUCUAUUAUCGGCCAAGCAGAAAUGAGACCUGUAGUUGAACACAGCGGUUGUCCAGAACAUCUUGUAAAUCCUUGGAAACUAGAUCCGUCAACACUAAGAUUUGCCGUUAAAGGUACUUUACCAUAUGCUCCCGAACUUCUUGAAAAGCAAACCGGCCUUCUACGUUACGUCCUAGAGCAACCGUACAGCCGAGACAUGGUUUGCGGUAUGUUAGGUUUGAACAAGCAACACAAACAGCAUUGUCAAGCGAUCGAAGAACAACUCAUCGAACUGGUAGUUUUGGCAUUGGAAAAGACCGAACUGGAAGGCGACGAACAAGCCACUCAAGAUUUAUGGCUACAUUUGUCUUCACAGCUGAUUUAUUUCGUUCUAUUCCAGUUUGCUAGUUUUCCCAGUUUGGUAAUGUCCUUGCACUCUAGGUUACAAGGAAGAGAUUUAAGACGGGGUCGCGAUCAAUUAAUGUGGGUACUGCUACAAUUCAUCUCAGGUUCGAUUCAACGCAACCCCUUAUCGAAUUUCCUUCCCGUAUUGCGUUUAUAUGAACUACUUUACCCCGAACAAGAACAACCCCUGCCCGUCCCAGAUUACAAUCAACCCCAGUGUACGCGUCAGAUGGCGAUGACGUGCAUUUGGAUACAUCUUACUAAGAAGGCACAAGCUGAGCAAGCGAACAUCACUUGGCCGGUUCCCACGAAGUUGAGGAGCCAUCACGAUUUUUUGCAGCAUUUGGUUCCUCCGAAUAACGCGGCUUUGGCUAUGGGAAAUGAUUACCGCAUCGCUUUAUUAUGCAAUGCAUAUUCCACAAACCAAGAUUAUUUUAGCAAACCGAUGGCUGCUUUGGUAGAAACGAUACAGGGUAGCGCCAAGUCCUCAUCUCCACCAACAGCGCCUCUAAGCAUGACGGUUCUGGAUUCUCUAACUGUCCAUUCCAAAAUGAGUCUCAUACAUAGCAUAGUAACUCAUGUGAUUAAACUCGCUCAAACGAAAUCCGGUAUGCCGCUGUCUCCAGCCCUGGUGGAAACCUACAGCAGACUGUUGGUGUACACGGAAAUCGAAUCGUUAGGAAUUAAAGGAUUCUUGAAUCAAUUGCUACCUCAAGUAUACAAGUCGCAUGCCUGGGGAACACUUUAUACAUUGCUGGAAAUGUUCAGUUACAGGAUGCACCAUAUUCACCCGCAUUACAGAGUGCAACUCUUGAGUCACUUGCAUUCUUUGGCUGCUGUACCGCAAGCCAAUCAGACACAAUUGCAUUUGUGCGUCGAGUCCACGGCUUUAAGACUAAUUACAGGCCUGGGUAGCGGCGACGUCCAGCCCGAACUUUCCCGAUUCCUCUCCGAACCCAAAGGCAUUGUUUCCGCGGAAUCUGAAGAACUGAACAGAGCCUUGGUCCUCACCCUCGCACGCGCCACGCACGUAACCGGAACUGACGGAGGUUGGUGCCAUGAACUAUUGACCACCAUUCAGCAAAGCACUCCGCACGCUUGGGCCCCUCAAACGCUGGAGUGCUUCCCGCGAGCCAUGGCCGAGUUUUUCAUCCAACACGUCGUACCGAAGGAGAACAAGCAGCAGCUGAAGAAGGCCGUCGAAGAGGAAAAUAGAAAAUGGGCUUCGAUGAAUAAUGAAAAUGAUAUAAUGGCGCAUUUUGGAGUACCGGGAGCGCCGCCUUUGUUUUUGUGUUUGUUAUGGAGGAUGUUGUUAGAUACUGAGCAUAUUAGCCCGAUUGCUUACAAGAUAUUAGAAAGGAUAGGUGCUAGAGCACUCUCUGCCCACUUAAGAAAAUUCUGUGAUUGCUUGGUAUUCGAGUUCAGCAACUCGCCCGGAGGUCAACAUGUCAACAAAUGUGUUGAUACAGUCAACGACAUGAUCUGGAAGUAUAAUAUCGUAACGAUAGAUCGUUUGGUAUUAUGUUUGGCUCUUCGAACGCAAGAAGGUAGUGAAGCUCAAGUAUGUUCGUUCAUCAUACAGCUGGUCUUGUUGAAGGCGUCCGAGUUUCGCACUAGAGUACAGGAUUUCGUUAAAGACAACUCGCCGGAUCAUUGGAAUCAGACCAAUUGGCAUGAAAAACAUCUGGAAUUUCAAAGAAAGUAUCCAGAAAAGUUUGCUCCUGAAGAACAAAGCGGGGGCUAUCAUCCAAAUUUUGGAAACGUAUGUUUAAGGUUUCUACCAGUAUUUGACAUUGUGGUUCAUCGAUUUUUAGAGAUACCACAAGUCACAAAAAGCUUGGAAAUUUUGCUAGAGCAUCUCGGUUGUUUGUAUAAAUUCCAUGACAGGCCGGUAACGUAUUUGUACAAUACUUUGCACUACUACGAAUCUAAAUUGCGAGACAGGCCUCCAUUAAAAAGAAAAUUAGUAGCAGCCGUUUUGGGAAGCCUAAAAGACACCCUCUCAGAGCCCUAUCAAGCCUUUUUAAAAACAAACGCAGAAGAAAUAUGGGUGCCUGAAUUGGAUUACUACAUCCAAUUGAUACGGAGAAUAGUAGAGGUUAUAAGUGGUUCCAGCGCCAAUUCUCUAACUGACUGGCGAUUCAACGAAUUUCCAAACGCCGGAGCUCACAUACUGUACACUUCUUGUGUCGAAUUGAUGGCUCUAUCGGCUGGACCAUCGGCAGUUGCUAAUGGCCUGCUCGAUGUCGUGGCCAAAGGCUAUGUAAUGAUCCCCUCCACAGACAUCCACCAGUGGAUUAAUGCGAUCGGUCUCGUCCUUUCAGCGUUACCGAUAAGCUACUGGAGCGUGAUGCACGAUAGACUGAUAUCCACGCUAUCCGAGUUAGAAACGUGGUUCUUCGAUUGCUCGCCAUUCGAAUUGUUCGACUUCAAGCAGACUCAUGCCGGGCUCCUGCACAACCGAUUCAGUUACAUGCUGGCACUCGCUCAUUCUGUCUGGCACCACGCUGGUCCGGGUCAAAUCGCGAGCGUCCCCCGUUGGGUGAGAGAAUGCCUACCAACCAUCGUACGGACUGAGGAACAGUUUCUGUACGUCUGCCACUUGGUGGGGCCGUUCUUGCAGCGCUUUAACGCGGCAAUAGUAGACCUCACCAACGCCCUCUACGAACUUCUAGCACAGGUCGAUCAAGCGCAGACUGAGAUGAAGUACAUGGAUCCCAUAUGCGACUUGCUGUAUCACAUCAAGUAUAUGUUCGUUGGUGAUAGCAUGAAAAAGGAAUUAGAGACUGUAGUAAGGAAGCUUAAACCGCAGCUGCAGCUUAGGCUGAGGUUUAUUGCGCAUCUUACCAUAGAAGAAGUUCACGCGACUUAAUUUUUUUGUUUUAUAUAGUUUUUUACAUUUUGAUUUAUUCGUCCAAUGUUUUUUUGUAUUUAUUUUUUUUUAUUAUAAAAUUGAGUAUAAUAUUUUUAUUGUAUUUUUUAAAGACAUUAUCUAGAAUCCGUUUCAAAUAGCUGACUUUUAUAAUCAUCAUCUGGUCCACCUGUGUUUCUAGACAAAAAAAAAAGAUAUGGUGUUGCAAAAUAGUAUGGCACCAAGGUAUUUUCUUUGAAAUGAAUGUAUAAUUAUAAAUUUGUAGGGUAAUUAAUGGGACUAUGACUCGACCUAUGUUGUCAUUUAAAAAAUUUAAAGAACGGUGGUACACUAAACAGUGUCAUAAAUUUGACAUGUUCUCGAAAAAAUGCAGAAUACAAUCCCAUUAUUCAUCCAACAAUUUCAUAAUUAUACAUUCAUCCAUUUCAAAUAAAAUACCUUAUUGUCACAUGUAUUUGUUUAAUAAAUUUUAAUAUAUAAACUGAUAUAAUAUGUACAAUAAACACAAUAUACCAAUAAUUUGUUUUCUCUUGUGUAACUAAUCACUAUCACUUGAUUCACUUGUACUAGGAAAAUCUGGUACCA